ACCAGAUGAAAUUACAGAUUGAUAAACGUUAAAAUUCAAAAACUGUAUCUAUCAUUUUUAUAUACAUCAUUCUAAAAUUGAAGUUUGAAUUUUUUGACGUUUUUACUUUGUAAACUAUACGGCGGCUGCAACGGUAAAUUUAGUCAGACCAACAAAAUGUCAUAAAUGAUUCGUAAUCGAACAUUAAAUAAGAAAACGAGAUGCAAGACUUUGUGAUGAUACUUGUCUUAAACUGUUAUAGCAAAUAUAACAAAUAUAACUUCUAUACUUUGACUCCUUGCUGUUUUGAUAGUUGAGUCCAGUAGAUAAGAUCGAAAGUAUUUGAAAAAUGUACCAAAUAAGACUGUUUUGGAGCCAUUUUCUCUCAUCAGUUAUGUUUGCUCUGCUUUCGUGUCUUCGAGUUUUGUCAUUUAUAAUCCGGAUCUCAUCACCCAAAUAAAUGAUAGCAGCUGAUGGUCUAAGCGGUCAAUUUUUGAACGUUAUCAACCGCCGCGAAAAUAAUAGAAACUUUCUUCAUAACUUGAUUGAUUACAACAAUCCGAACGAUUAAAAUUAUAGACCAGUUACGCUCUCGUUGUUUCGCUCAUUCGCGCACUUGUUGUCGCGAGUCGCCGAAGUACACGUUACACCUUGACGACGAUACCAACAGUCCAUUACGCGAAAAUUUAUUACUAUAUUGUAUAUAAUAGUAAUAUUUUUUGAGCUGUUCGAUUUUUCUUGUUUUCGUUACAAACUUAAAUUAAUUAACAGUUUUACUUGCUGUUUGCUCUUACUCGCUGUCAUUAAUCUCUUCAAGUUGAACAUUUUUGUUCGAAUUUAUUGAAAAUUACAGUUUGCGGUGGCGUUGUUGAUUAAUAUGAAAAACUUCGGUCAUUAUCGUGAGCCGGUGUUCGCCGAUCCAGACUUCCUCCUUAAGAGAUCCAGGAACAGCAGCGCAAUUCAGCCAGUGGACGUUAUCAGAACUAAAAUUUUGCGACUAGAUAGUCUCAAGAAGAAUGGCGAAUGUCUCGAGGAAUUGUUUCAACAUUGCUCCGACCAGCAGAUCGUCGGGAGAAGAGGAGAUCAUGGAGGUCAUAAAUCACCUUCGGAAUCGACUGGGAGCUCCGUAUCAUCGGCAGCCUACCAGGCCACAGAGCACAAUCUCUCGCCAGAUUCAACCGAGAACCAGCCGACAGUGUUUGCGGACUCAAAACCCCUCGACUUACGAAGUGGAUGCAGUUCUACGACUCCGCCCAAUCUGGACUCCUUUCCAGGGUCAGCAAAGGGCACGCAAAACUCCUCAGACAGCAAUCUCAACGACGAAGUGACAUCUACUCGAAAACUGCCAAGUGAUGAGAUGAAAUCACCGCGUCGACCUAUGAGUUACUAUGCUGCGAGCGACCCGAAUAGCCCGAUAUCGAAGUUGCACGUAACGCCGCAUAUCGUCAAAAAUGAAAGACCACACAGCUUGGACUUGUCCACGAUCAAACAGCUUCCAUUCUCGGCAAUACCAUCGCCAAAAAUUCAACAGCAACCGAUGUUCGGAACUCCUUUGAACAACCAAUCUACAGCACAUUCAAGUUGCCCAUCAAUGGGAGAGCUCUCGGUAGCCGAAAGCAUCGUGCCGAAGCCACCUGCGCUUACCGCCACUCAACAACAGUAUGACACUUUCGCGAUGCAACGCCAAGUGUUAGCCCUUCAGCAAUACUACCAGUCACUUCUGAUACCUCAAAUUAACACUCUCCAACCGCUGAUCAGACCUCCGCCCACUGCUUUUGGUGCUCCGGUUACUAACGGAACUUCAGCGGCGUCUCUUUAUCAAAACAUGGCACCCAACUUCCCCAGUACAGAUUUGGGAUCCAGUGGAGUGUUUGGCCAAGGUUUGGAUAGUUUAACUGGAGGUCCACCAGGAACAUCACGAAGUCUGGAUUCAAUUCCCGAAGAGAAACCAAUGGCCAGCAAUGGGUUUGUAGGAUACCCCCACAGCGAGUUCUCGAGUCCGGGAGCUGAUAGUAAUUUCGACAGGCAGUCACAGUCGUUAAACGCGGAGUACCAACAAGAGCAAGCACCUUUCAAGUGCCCUCAUUGUAGCAAGGAGUUUGCUUUGCAAAGGAUGCUCACCCGUCAUCUGAAGUGUCACAGUCCAAUUAGGAGGUACCCCUGUCCCUGGUGCAAAAAAGGAUUCAAUGACACCUUCGACCUCAAGCGACACGUCAGAACUCACACAGGUGUACGGCCGUAUAAGUGUGACUUCUGCUCCAAAUGUUUCACCCAAAGGUGUUCUCUGGAGUCUCAUCUGGCCAAAGUGCACGAUGUCAAACAGAGUUUCAAGUUCAAGGAGCGCAGGUCGAAGCUGUUUGUGUGCGAGGAUUGUGGCGACACCACUACCAGCCAGGAAGAGUACCAGAAACACGUGAAGACACUUCACCCUAACUCACCCUGGCUGCUGUUCAGACGGGACCAGGACCCUAAACUGAAGAUAGAAAAACUGCAGUCCCUGGGGGAGAAUUUAAGCGAGUGCCCGAGUAGCAACGAAGACAGCGGCGAGCAAGGCGGCCGAAGUCGCAACUCGCCAGCCACCAGUGAGAGCAUGACCUCACCGAAUGAACAAGCUCAAGUCGUGGAUCUCUCACCAACUUCCGAAUUGGCCAAUCAGAAGCCGAGCUUGGAAGUCAUGACGUCAUCGGGUCAAUCGGCGUCCAAUAAAGUAUCGGUAAUUGACUGCUCGUUAUUGGAGUCUUCCACUUCGGCUGCUCCGAUACGAAUGACUCACAAUGAAGUUAAGCCACAAUUCUCAAGUGCUAAUAACAAUAUCAAUAACAACUCACUCAACGCUCUUUCUGCUUUUCUCCCUACCUCUGAGCUGAUGAGUCAGUCGUUAGCCAAUCAGAUUGCUCCAUUCGGCAACUUCGCACAAUCUCUCGCCGUGCAAACAGCAGCCAAUCAGGUGGCCUCAAGAGAACCCCAAAAUUGUGACUUCGGUAGUUUGGUGCAGCAGGGCGCUGGUGGGCGACUGUCGGCUUUUGACGACGAAACUCUGCAGAACCUGGCGACUACUUUCAACCUGGGCACCUUUCAGAUUCAAAGAAGUAGAAAUGGAGUUCAAAUGGAAACAGAAAUCUAAAGUUGCCGAAAUUUUUCUCAAAUAUUGAGAACCAAUAAAACAAAAACAUGCCCUCAGAUGCUUGACCUCAUUUUAUUUGACCUCAUUUUUGCAAAUUUUCAAUAUUUUCCAUUAGCCAUAGAUUUAGAUACGGAAGAAUUUAGAAAUGUUAACGGCGUUUAUUGCUAUUUUAUUUUAACAAUUAUUUAGAUGAUGUAUUUGUUAUGUAAUUUAAUAAUGAUUUUGAACCAUUUAUCAACUGAUUUAUCAUGCAUUCCAUAAUAGUUUAAUUUGAGUUUAGUUCAUUACUUUGCCUUUUCUUAAUUGGACAGUUUUCCUUUCAUUCAUUCACUCAUUCGACCAUCAUCCACCCACUCCAUUCUGUGCCAUAUGUCAUGUUUACUCAUUAUCCUCAUAUGGAUCAUUUGCUACAUUCGUUUAAAUCAUUAACUGAGAACAACUUUGUCGUGUUAAUUUGUAAAUAUA